AUGUCUUCCGAAAAAUAUCCUGGUCAUAAAGAACUUACUUCGUAUUUGAGCCAAUAUGAAAAUAAAUCCUUCUGGGGUUUUUUGCUUUGUUGUCGAGACGCGAUCGUUACCACUGCUUCGACUACCUCCCGCAGACAGGACCUUGAUACGUCUUGGUGCAAUCACUUUUUAGCAGAAGCAAAAGAGUUGUUAAAUCCCAAUGACUUUAAUAACUUGAAAAAUCAGGUCGCUUUAGAACGAAAACGUAAUAACAUUGAAGAUUAUUGGAUCAAUGUAAUUGAAGAGGUUAAAGUAAAAGAAGAUAUCUUGGUCCGUGAAGCAGAAGAAGCUCGCAUUCAGGGUGAACUAUCGCGUCUUCGGCACAAACUAUCCGAAAUACAAGAAAAAGCAAAAAUGCAAAAUUCAAGUAACCGGGAAAUGGGUGAAGAUUCGGUUAAUGAAGAAAAGAGCAACCAUAUUAUAUUACGAAGUAAUGGCCGUGCCAGCUCCGCUGAUGCUCCCGCAUCUAAAUCGGAUGAUGAUACCAGAGAAAUCAGGCCCAAAGGGGCGGUCUUAAACGAUCACCAACCUCCAGUUAAUAUCACCUCUAUUGAAACGGAAAAUUCUAACGAUGCUCCUGAACAGACAAACUUACAUUGCGAUGAUACUCUUGCAACUAAUAUAUCUGAUAACACUUCAAAUUCUGAUGUACGUCAGGAGCUUUCAUCCCAAUAUCCCGCAUCACCUAUCCGCACAGAGAGUAAAUCAUUGGAAGACAAGGAAAUGGAUAUCUUCCAUGAUUCAGUAUAUAAGGAAAGAGUUAGUAGAGAAAUAAUUCAGAAUAUUAAAGAAAAGAAACUUCGGGAUCAAAACUUAUCUUCGGAUAACUCGUCAAAACCAUCCAAUUCAUCACGUGAUAUAAAAACCGUUCCCUCGGGGAACGAUCAAGUUUCAAAUUCAUCAUGUGAAACAAAAACCAUUAGUUCGGGAAAUGAUCAAACUGAAAUAUCUGAAUUGGAGCAAGACGAUGGGACUGAUAAAAAUCAAAUUGUAGAGCAGGGCUUAAUAGAAGAAUUGGGUAUAUCUACUGAGAAGCAAGGCCUCACGACCCUUGGAUCGCCCUUUGGGCCCAAUUCUGCAAUAGAUAAUACUAGCUCUACUGAAAUUAAUACAUCGGAGAAUAAAGGUUCAGCUCAAUAUCUAUCUUAUUUAUUUAAAACAGCAAUCAAAUCUCGACAACAGGAAAUCUUAAAUUGGGCGUAUACGGAAGAGACUGGACUCGAUCCCUGGAUAAAGUCUGAAACUUCUGAAUUCCCACAAAUCGAAAAGGAUGUUGAGAAAAAGACUUUAUUCGUACCGUGG